AUGAAGCAUGAAGAAGGAGAUUUCAAGGAGGGUGUGUGGAGAAAAUUUAUAGUGAACCAGAGUACACAAAGCAAAGAGGGUGAAGCAGUACUCUCUAAAUUCGCUGAUGUCGGAUGCAAUGUGGCAGCUCGUGCUUCUGCUGAUGUGGCAUCCCCUGAUGCUACCGAUGUGGCUGUUGUGGCAGCUCAUUCUCAUGCUGAUCUGGCUGUCAAUAAAGAAGGGGAGGGGAUAAGUGAUGGCCAUCAAGAAAACAGAACAGGAAGGCUGUCAGAAUCUGACAAAGUAGCUUCGGUUUCUAAUAGCUGA